AUGUGGCUGUCCCCUGCUCUGCUCCUCAUCAUCCUAGGUUCCUUCAAUGCUGGGAUUGGAGGGAAUCCAAUCACCAGUCCAGGAGCAGCUAGUGGCCCAGAGCGGGGCUCAUUGACUGUGCAGUGUCAUUAUGACCCACUGUGGGAAACCAACUGGAAGUGGUGGAGUCGAGGGGCUGAUUGGAGAAGCGCUCGGAUCCUUAUUAUGACCGCUGGAAUAGAGCAGGAGGUGAAGAAGGGCCGUGUGUCCAUCAGGGAUAGUUAGAAAGACCACACAUUGACUGUGACCAUGGAGGCACUCAGGAAAGAUGACGCUGACAUGUACUGGUGUGGGAUUGAAAGAAUUGGAGUUGACCAUGGGGUCCAAGUUAAGGUGACCAUUGACCCAGUUACACAAAGUUCAACCCCAGAGAGGACAACCACAGAGUCAAAGACAAACACAGCAUCAAGUCUGACAGUCAUAUCUUCAACCAGUGGGAGGACCCCCAGCACUCCCUCCAGUCCCUUCCCACCUCCUGGGGCCUCCAGACUAGAAGACGCUGAGAGGGAGAGUGAGCGGCUGGAAGCUUGGAGGAGUAGGAGCAGCCUGACCCUCACCACCGGGGGAGGUGUCCAGGACUCCCCAGAAGGCUGCCCCUGCCGGCCAGCCUGGCUGACUCCCAUCAGGCCCCCUGGCCAACCACACAGCUCCCUGCUCCUGCCAGAGGAAGCCCUCCCUCCUGGCUGGAACAAAGGCUACGUGAAGGGGAGCUGUAGGAGACCAGAUAAAAAGCCAGGAUGGUUGUCAAUAGAAAGGGUCUCAAAUGUCAGGCCAAGCCUACUGGAGGGACAUGAAGCCUGGCCUGAAAGCAGCACAACUGUCCCCCUCCAAGGGGGCUGUCCCGACUGGGGCCCAGGCUUCCCUUCACAUUUUAUGGGAAGCCAGGAUCUAGGCACAGGCAGAGCUGGAAGGCCUAAGACCCCUCCCCAGGAGGCAGCUCAUUGCCCAUCCCCGUGUCCCCACAGGUCCUUCCUCAGCAGCCCCUUCUUCCUGAUCCUGGUCUUCCUGGAGCUGCCCCUGCUCCUGAGCAUGCUGGGUGCCAUCCUCUGGGUGAAUAGGUCUCAGAGAAGCUCUGCAGGGAGGCCAGGUCGGCCUGAUGAUGCCCACUGAUGCCCUGCCCAGACAGAAGCAGCCUCCGACAGAUGAGAAGCAUUUCUAAAGUAAGUGACUGUGGUUCAGGAGGCAGCGCCAGCCCAGCUUCAGGAAACAGCCCCUCGUCCCCUGGCCUGCAGCUGUGCUCCUAGGCCUCUGGGGCUCACCCUGGCUCCCUGCUUCCCUGCAGAUCCCCUGGGGACCAGCAGAGCCUUCCUUUCCCCUGAGGGCACAGGUGUAGUGGGAAAUACAGGAAGGGAAUGCAUUGUCCCCAGGGCCCUGGGUCCAGGGCAGACAUGUGGAAUCUCCAGGCUGAGGCACCUCCAACGUUGACGUAGUUUCCUUUGCAUUCCAUGGGGUACAGGGCUCCAGCCAAUAGUGGGUUUGAAAUUCUAAACCCCAUGAAAACAGAAAAACUGAGCCAAACUCUGCUCAGGGACCGACUGUGAGUGAAGACCUGAAGGCACAUGAGCAAAGGCCUCUGGGUGCCCAGCAGCUGCAUUUUGGCACUUGGGGAGGAAAGUGUGGAGUAGGAUCCAUGCCUCGGCACCUGGUCAUGUGCAAAUGAACAUGAGAUUGGAUGCCACAUCCUCCCUAUUGUCACCAUGUCCCUUCCCAUUAAAGUCACCAAGUUGUCUUACUGCUCUUGAGAGUAUUGUAGUAGAGUUCUGCUGUCAUUGAGGGUGCAUGGGAGAAAACCUGUGUAUCAGGGGAUUGUGGAGUAGUAACCCACAGAUCAGACCCUGGAGCUGGGACAGAGCUCAGAGCACUGUGAGCCAGGGGUGGCCAGAGGGCUGGGCGAGACUGGGCUCUAUCUCCUGGUCUUUGUAAAGGGUCUAGACUAGAAUCCCCACUAUGGAUGUAAAGGUUUCCCCAUGGGUAAUUCUCUAAAGACACCAGCGAGUUACUUUAUAAUGAAAACAAGACAACUGUUCCCUUCCUAUCAAGUUCCUCCCUUAUAACUCUUACUUCUGGGCAACUCAAAGGCCAAAUAGGAGGCCACGAGUAUGAAGGGGACAUCAGGAACUAUCAGGUCUUGCUCCAGGAGGAGUCAUAAGACUCGAAGCAAGAUCUCUAAUGAAACAGGAGGUGGUGGACACACCAUCCAAAACCUGUGAGAGCCAAAAAGUGAUGAAAAGUGACCUCAAGUUACCCUCACCAUUCACUAUACCCUGCUCAUAAUGCAUUAGUGUACUCAAAGAAACUCCCACCAGCACCAUGACAGUUUACAAGACCAUGGCAAUUCCUUCUGGGGUGUUACCCUAUGUGGUUUAAAAGAAUUAGAACCUGCCAGGCCUGGUGGCUUCUGCCGGCAAUCCCAGCACUCUCAAAAGGCAAGCAUCUGGAUUACUUGACUUCAUGAGUUCAAGACCAGGCUGAGCAAGAGGUGAGUCCCCAUCUGCACUAAAAAUACAAAAACUGGCUCGGCGCCUGUAGCUCAGCAGCUAGGGCGCCAGCCACAUACACCAGAGUGGGCAGGUUUGAAUCCAGCCCGGGCCUGCCAAAUAGCAAUGACAACUACAACCAGGUGUGGCGGGCACCUGUAAAUCCCAGCUACUUGGGAGGUUGAGACAAGAGAAUCACUUAAGCUCAAGAGUUUAAGGUUGCUGUGAGCUGUGACACCAUGGCACUCUACCCAGGGCGACAGCUUGAGACUCUGUCUCUAAAAAAAAAAAAAAAUACAAAAACCAGCCUGGCAUUGUAGUGGGCACCAGUAGUCCCACAUACUCAUGCGACUGAGCAAGACAAUCACUUUGACCCAAGACUUUGAGGUUGCUGUGACCUAUGAUGCCAUGGUACUCUAUCCAGGGUGACAGAAUAAGACUCUUAUCAAAAAAAGAAGACUCUUAUCUUAAAAAAGAAGAAGUGGAACCCUUGGUUCCAGGACCCCACCCCUUCCCAAAAGCCUUUAAAAUAAUCCCCCCUCCUCUGAACAUCAAAUUGAAUAGAAGGUAGCAAAUGAGACCCUGGCAAGUCACCAAGUGCGCCUCUGCUGCUGUGACAGCCGGCCGCCGCUCUGCCUCCAGGCAGCCACCUCUUCUGCUUUUCUUACCUCAAUAAUCUUGCUUUCGCCUUACUCUGACAUCUCGCUCUUGAACUCUUUCUCGCUCGAGAACCCACUUGGCCUUCAGACUGGACCCCAGUUUUGUGGUCCACUUUCUGUAUCACAGGGGCAGCUGGUCGGGGGCAGGAGACUCAGCCUUAGCUCUGGCCGGGAAGGACAGUGUAGGACACAGGAGAGGAGGCCCCUCGGCAGGGGCUUGGAACGCUGGAACUUCCCUUGAAGCUGUAGUCAGGGUUCUCCAGAGCAACAGAACCCAUGAGGAAUGUGUAGGGUGGAGAGAGAGACAGAGACGAAGACUGAGGGAGGCAGAGGGAGAGGCUGAUUUUAAGGAAUCGGCUCAUGCAAUGUGGAGGCUGUCAAGUGGAAAAUCUGCAGGGUGGGCUGACAACCUUAGGACAGAGGGAAGGGCUGAUGUUGCAUUUUGGGUACAAAGACAGGAGACAGAGGCAGUGGUCAGUGUCUCUUAAGGUCCCUAACUGAUGGGAUGAGGCCCCCGCACUGUGGAGGGUCGUCUGUUCUGCUCAGAGGCUGCUGAUUUGACUGUUACUCUUGUCUAAAUCAUACUGUCAUGUCAACACCAGGGGGCCAUGGCCUAACCAAGGGAUACAUUCGCCCUCACACUGGCUGUCUGCAGCGGUGGCUAAAACUGAGAGCAGAGAAGAUGCUUCCUUCCUCGGCCCUCCUCUGAGUUCUCUCCCCUUGUCACUUCCAGGAUUGUUCCCUUGCUUUUGGCUUCCCACUUCCUGUCACUCCCAGGGGUCAUGCAUGGGUUUUGUCCCCACAUCCCAGGGACUGGGCACCCCCAGUAUGGCUAGAGCAGAGACUGGGUCCUCUUUGCCACCUGCCUUGGUCACCUGCUCAGAGGGACCUUCUGUUGGUUUCCUCUGGGGACAUGAGCACAGAUCACCCUGGUGCUCCCUCUUGGGCCAGUCUCUGCACCCAGGGGAGGCCCGUAUGCACUCACCCUCAUUCAUUCAGGAACAGUCCUUAAGCCUCUACUGAGCACCAGGCCCUGUUCACACAUUGUUAGCCCGGAAAUCAACAAAAAGACUGGCGUAAGACCAGAAGGAGAGCAGCAGGUUCAAACACAAAGGAUCACUCACUUAAAAGGGCAAAAUCAUUGUUACUAACCUCACCCCAGCCUCACCCUCCUUGGACUCCAUUGCCGUCUGUGGGGAACAUCCCCACACCCUCUCCCCACUUUGCCUGGGCUCUGAGUCCCCUCAUGAGAGUCUUAUUUUUAACAGCAUGUUUAAUGUCCCUAUAGAUUCUGUGCCAUGAAUGAUGACCUUUUAUAUUUUACCCUUUUCCCAUUCUCCUCUUCCCCAUACUGACUUUGUUACUACGGGGUGUUUUUUUUUUUUUUUUCUAAUAGUCCUCUUUUCCUCUGUAAACAUUUCCCACACUUGUUUCUUCUUUUUUUUUUUUUCUAUUUUUAAAUUUAGUCAGUACUCACCAGAGCUCCUCUUUUUCCAUUACUUACCAUAUCACUUCCUUGGCAAAAUUUCAUGGGGAUGUAGUUUUAGUCUUUUUUUUUUUUUCUUUGCACUUUUUAGCCAGAGCUGGGUUUGAACCCACCACCUUUGGCAUAUGGGGCCGGUGCCCUACCCCUUUGAGCCACAGGCACCGCCCUAGUUUUAGUCUUUUUAAAGAGCUGGUGGCUUCUGUAUUUCAUAAGUUCCCGCACACGGAGAUGGUCCGCUGUUAGAGUAUUUAAAACAACUACCCUGGGCAUGGAAUUCACGGAGCACCCUGCCUUUGCUGAGAACGAGCACACGGUCCUUCACCGUCCUCUGGGACAGAUGUGGGCAGAGUCUGGGGCCGGCCUGUUUCCUUCCCACACACCGGCUCUCCGCCUGGCGGUCAGGUGGUGAGACUCCACCUUUAUCCCCAGGGUUCUGUAACCUCAGGACAUUCCACGUGGGGGUCACUAGGAUUAGUUUUUUCCUCCCUGGGAAAGAACCACAGCGUGUGAUUUUUCAAUUGCAGCUCCUUAAAGUCCUUAAGCCUCUACUGAGCACCAAGGUUCUCUCUAUGUCAGGCCAGUUUUGAAUUAAAGUAUUUUUACUUUAGGUGUUUCCGUCCCUCUCCCUAGGAAGCGGCCAGCAUACACCUGUACGUGGACUCUCCUUUCACUGUCUCCUCUACCCGUUCUUGCUUCUGCAAUUUCAAUAUUCUGGUUAUUUCAAUUUCACUUUAUGGCUUUUCUCCAAGUCGCCGCGUUUCUGAAUUUCCCGCCGUGUUUCUGUCUGGCUUUGCGGUUUCUUGGCCGUGUUCCUGUUGCCCACGAGGACGCCUCUCUUUCUCUGCAGCUCCCUUUCCUCCCCGAGACCCGCGCCUGCCUGUCCCUCGCCGCGUGCGGCGUCCCGCUGUCCUUAGUUACUCACUGAGCUCAGACCAAUCACGGGUUCCGUCACUUCACGGAGACUGUCAGAACUGUUGAUAGGAAAAUCUUGUGUUUCUUUCGCUAUUUCCUCUCAGAUGUAUUCUCUCUUUGCCUUUCGCUUGUAUUCUUCUCUUUUAAUGAAAGCUAUUGAAGGGGCAACUUCCCUUUUGGGUAAAAGUUGAGAUUUGCCAAAAAAAAAUAGCGUGUGGAGUGGAGAGGGGGCUGAGCAGGGCAGUGUGCGGCAGCUUUCA